AUGUCCGACCAACAUCAUCAUACCUUUGGAAACGUGAGCAGGGAGAGCGGUAUAGAUGGAAGAACACCGCCAGUAGCGCCAAGGGCUGGGGUCCGCGGCGGCUACAGUAGUGGUGAAGGCCGUGUCGAAUACGGAGCUCGAGGUGAGCACGAAGGUCACGACACAGGUAGGCUAAGUCCGCGACGACGGCUUCUCGCGACAGGUUCAGCAGGCUACGCGCCGCUACAACCGCGCAGAGGCAUCGUCAGCGCCCCUUUUCGCGGAGGUCCACCUCCUCAGGGCCCAGCUGGUUACACACCGCCAGGGCAGGUGAUGAGCAGCGGCAAUGCCUUGCGAGGAGGGGUUGCCUCCUCUCAAUGUCCAGUUGCGAUGCGACAACCAGCAAGUAGUCAGCGGCAGAGCUCAAGGUAUGAGCAAGCUCACGACCGGAGGGAAACCCUGUUGCAGCGGCGGGAUGCCCGAGAGGUGGCAAGGGAGCAUGAGCCUGUGCAGCCUGCAUAUGGUAACGCUGGCCCGGAGCGAGCUUCGCACCCUCCACCAGUCCAGGUUGAUGCCGGACUCGGAGACGUGGUGGCAAGACGUUCGACGGAGCGACCGCAAGCUGACCAUGCUUCACAGCACCCGUCUUCAGGCAUCGAUCAUCGAGCCUCGACGAGGGACCCCAACGCUCCAGCUAAACCAUUACCGCCUCCACAUCUUCAUAGCAAGGCGGGGAAGAACUGGAUUCGUAAUCAGCGCCGGCAGCUGGCUGGAUGGUACGAGCUGAAGCGUCAGCAGGAGGAGGUGGAUCAGUACAAUCGAGAAAUGCGGGAGGGAAUGGCACAGCAGGGUAGCAUGACCGCCUUGGACGCAGCAGCUGGUUCGCAGGCGUCUGCCGCGGCCGUCGGAGCUGUCGAAGGCCCUGACACCAUCACAUCUUCAGGACAGGCCGUUGGUAUGCUAGGUUACGGCCCGCGUAGUUCUCCUACUGACCCCCGACUUCGCUGA